CACAUAAUCAUAGUGGAAUUAAUUUGUAUUCAAGUUAAUCAUUUAUAUUUUGUGUUCAUAUUAUACGCAUUGCCUUGACCGUAUUUAUUAUUGUUAGACAGAUAUCGAUAAAAGCUAUAAAUUCAAAAGGCCUUAAGGUUGAUAAGAGAGGCAAAUAAAACGCAUGGUAUAGUUAAGUUACUUAAGUUGUGUAAGAUUAAACAUCUUGUGUAAAAAUGAUUCAAAUAAAUAUCAAUCAAUCAUUGAUCGUGCAACAUUGGGAAUAUAUUUUGCCGAUUUUCUUGGUUAUUUUGGGAGUUUUUUAUUUCAAAAAGUUAAAAGCUUUUAAAAGUCCAAGAGAGGAAAAUGUAAAGAGUAACAAACUCGAUGGUGAAGAGUAUGUUGGAGCUGAUUACAAAGACGAUGAAGAUAUCGAUGAAUACACUCCAGCUUUGGAAGAAUCUGAACACAUUCCAUUCAAAGGAGCUUCGAUAACCCUUCCUGGUGGAGCUGAAGCUUUUUAUGAAAUUGUCAAUAACCGAAGAAGUAUUCGUUCGUUCAGCAACAAAACUAUUCCCUUUGAAAUUAUUGAAACUUGUAUUAAAGCUGCCGGGACAUCUCCAUCCGGUGCUCACACUGAACCAUGGACAUUUUGUGUUAUAAGUGAUCCUUCGAUUAAAACACAAGUUCGGGAAAUAAUUGAAGCUGAAGAAUAUUUGAAUUAUACUCAGCGAAUGCAUCGUCAAUGGACUGCUGAUCUCAAGCCCUUACACACCGAUCAUAUUAAAGAAUAUUUAACUGAAGCACCAUAUCUUAUAUUGAUUUUCAAACAAAUCUAUGGAUUUAAACCUAAUGGCGGACGGAAACAACAUUAUUACAAUGAAAUAUCUGUUUCGAUUGCUACUGGGAUACUUUUAUGUGCACUUCAAGCUGCUGGUUUAAGUUCGUUGGUAACAACACCAUUAAAUUGUGGACCUGCGUUAAGAAAUUUAUUAAAUAGACCACAAAAUGAAAAGCUUUUGGUUCUACUUCCGGUUGGUUAUGCAUCGGAGGAUUGUAAGGUGCCAAAUUUGAAACGAAAACCAGUAGAAGAUAUAUUAGUUACAUAUUAA